AUGCAUUCUAGCUUGGUGCGGAUCCAGAAUGUCUUUGGCUUCUUUACCUCCGUCGCCUUCACCGUCGCGGCCGCAAUCGCCGUCAGCGUCCUAUUGAGCCCGCAACACCCAUCAGCAAGCCUGCAGCUGCGGAACGUUCAGGUAGUGAAAGGCCGUCCGCACUACUACAGCACCAAGCGCGAGGAGUAUGCGCAUAUCAAGUUCGACCUGGACGCUGACCUGACCUCGCUCUUCAACUGGAACACGAAGCAAGUCUUCCUCUACAUCACUGCCUCCUACCCAUCAACAUCUCCCUCCACCAUUCCGCCCUCCGAAGCCGUCAUCUGGGACGCCAUCAUCCCCUCCGACUUCGCCCGCUCCCACCCAAACACCUACCUCCACCCCACAACGUCCAAGUCAAAGUCCUCCAAGAAGUCGAAACAAAAAGGCAAGCCCUACCCUGAGGGCGCGUCACCGGGCAUCGUACGCCUGAGCAAUCAGAAACCAAAGUACCAGAUCACGGAUGUGUCUGGCAAGAUUGCUGAGCGCACGAACGCCACGCUGAAUCUGCACUGGAACGUGCAGCCGUGGGUUGGUGCGCUGGUGUGGACGAACACGAACAGCUAUGGGAGAUGGGAGGGGCUGAAGGGUGGGUUGGACAGGUUUGAAUUUCCCAGCUUGAAGGGGAGUGAGACGGUCAAGAAGGAGGAGCUGAGGACCGAGACUGGGGGGGAGCGGAAUAGGGGCAGUCCUGCAUGA